CGGGAGUCGGGCUGUUCGAGAUACGCGUUGUGUUAUUACGGUAGGUAACAAUAAUAACAAUAAUAAUACAUUUUUCUCCGCGUACCAGUUGAUAGUUCAAACAAGGUAUAGAAUUUUACGACUAUCGCGUAUGUAUGCACCGUAACAUGUUUUUUUUUUCUGUUAUUGAAUUUCUGUUUCGGAAAUAGCGCGACCUUGACCGGACUAUGGGUCUAAAUCCUGAAAACCGUUGUCUAGUCACUAGUGUAGCGUAUGAAAAAUACACACACACACACACACACACACACACAUACACACAGCGUACACACUAGAAUCCAUUACGAUCGUAAGCGAAACGAACAAUCGUCGUCGUUAGAAUUAUUCGUAUGUUAUUGUUUUUUGUAUUCUGUGUGAAAAUACAUUUAUGAGAUACGAGAUUUUCAGUAAACAUAUAUCUCAUUCCGCAAUCCGCAUAUGUAUAUUGUUUAGCAAAUAUCGGUCGAAAAUGUUUAAAAACUUAUAAAAAAAGACGGACAUAAUUCGCACGAUGGUUGGGAAGGUAGGAUAUAAAAGGUAAUUUAAUGUAUAUCUGUGAUGAUUGAUUAAUCAUUGGUAACAAAAAACAAUUUUAAGCGGAGUUCGGUUAUACAUAUUGUUUUAAAAGGUAUUUAUGAUUUCCGUCAAAAUUCGAUAUUAGAAUUUUUAUAAAAAAAAUAAUAAUAAUAUAUUAAACUUUAAUUUUUCUUGUUGACUACUAAGUACAAAUUAUAAUGAACCUUCUGUUAAAUUUCCAAGCAUUUCUGGUUGGCCUGACAUUUUUAUCCACAGAGUACUUACCGAACAAAAAUUACGUAAAAAACUCGCAAAAUUAAAAUGCCCGUAAAAAGCUCAAAAAUGGCUCAAAUAUUUUGAAUAUUUUACCACGUUUUGAAAAAGCAAAUGUGAGUUUUUCGUAAAAAGUUUCUACGGUAAUUUUCAACUGAAUUAAAGAAUAACAAAAACAGUAGAAAUAAAUUAUACGAGUAUACGUACUCGGAAUACUAUUUUUCGUAUGAAUUUGAACAUUUAUUCUAAAUACUUUUAAAAAGUAUUUUGCCCAAGUCUGUCUAUUUAAAUGUAACGAGGAUGUGCAUAAAUGAUGUUUACAUCGCGAUAAAAUGGGAAGUUCAACGCGACCAUGGAACUGGCGAGACAUAUUCAUAAUAUUGCUUAUUACACCUCGCGGGUACUCCACUAAUCUGGAUCAGGUAUUAUAGGCGAUUGAAAAUAAGACGUAGCGAUAUUAUAUUUUACGAUGUUGGAUCAGAGUGCAAUAAGCACAUUCGCGAUUUCGUUGUCCGACAAACCUGUAUAACCUAAUCGGUUUUAUUAGUUAUUAGUAUUAUAAGAUUUAAUAGUUCGGUGUGUGUGCGUAUUUGUACUAAAUGAAACAUGUAUUGAUGCCAAUCGACAACGUAAUAUUUUCGACUCUGGUAAAAUGGAAAAACAUAAAAAACAGCGUAUUGUAAGUCAAUAUUUUAAUAAUUAUCAAUCGUGAGUCUCUUAUAUAAAGAAAAUUAAAAUGUUUGAUAAUAUUAUUAUUAUUAUAAUCGUCAUCGACGACCUCGACCAGCUGCCGGGCGGCCUGCACUCGGCACUCGAACGAAUCAUCGUGCCGAGAUAACGCGUCUUCGUCGCCGGCAACGGGCGGGGGCGGGGUAUCGUCGAUUUGUUGUUUUUUUUUUUUUUUAUUUUAUUAUUAUUCUAGUUUUCCGUCACACGUUGUAUAUAUACAUAUAUAAUUUUUUUUUUUCUGCAAUAGUAGUCCGCGCGGCAAAGCGUCUUCGACGGUUGCAGACGAUACCGAACCGGUGCCCUGGGCGCACACACGUUACCGCCGCCGCCACCGCCGUCGCCAAGAAGCUGGUUUUAUUAUUAUUAUUAUUAUUGUUAUUUAUUUUUUUUCACCGUUUUCCGUCAGCGUAUAUACUCGUUUCGCCGCAGUCUUCCGUGCCGACACUCGUCGACGUGGCCGGACAAACGGGAUAAUAUAUCGUCGAAAAACAAAAAACAAAAAACAAACCAAAACCGACAUCUCCGUCUCUUCUCCAUACCGCUGCAAAGGGUAUGUGCCUGCUGUAUAUACGUUCAAAUGAUAUUUCCGCGUUGUGACGGUCUGUCGUAAUUAAGGUGUAUUCAUUGUAAAACCUAAUCGCGUAUUCAAAAAAAGGUUAUCGAAUUCCCAAUAUUUUUCGUAUUGUUUUAUUCGCGUCUUUGAAUUAACAGAAAAAAAGAAAAUUAACAUCUUUGCCGUUGGAACGCACUAGUUCGUGUUAUUAUACCGUUUUUUUCUUUUUUUUUUCAGUUCAAUCGGUGUAACGGUCGAUCGUUUUUUCGGAUGAUUUUUUUUCCUAUACAUUAAACGGAAUCUUUCGUCAACCGUUUCGGAUCACGACAAGCGACCCGUUAACAAAUUGAUUCGUCGACUCGUAUUGUGUUUUAUUAUCGCCGCAAUUAUUCGUCGGAAGAUUUUCGUUAUUUUAAAUUUUUUUUUCCUUCAUUAGAAUUCGGGAGUUAUCCGCGAACACACUCCUUAACUUCAUAGGUUCGUCCGUCGGUAUAUUUUCGCGUAUAAAAUAUUGAUUUCACCUAUUUUUUAAAAAAUAAAACAAAAAUUAACUCAUAUUAUUUUAGGUACAAAUAAAUCACACGCGUCAAUUUUAUACGUAUGUUAUGAAUACUAAUAUAUGUUUACAUUUCUUUUUUUCCGGCAGUUUUAUUUUUAAACGGAGUAGACUUUUUUGUUUUUGUUUUUGAACACAGAUCGUAUUCCUUUCAGAUCUGAACAGUCGUUCAGCUAAACAUGUGGAAAGAUCUCAAGAAACUAAAACUUUUGCUAUGGAAGAAUCUGCUGAUACAGAAGAGACAUCCUGUCCAGUCGUUCAUAGAACUGCUUUUGCCAGCCAUUAUGGCGUGCAUAAUGGUCGCGUUCAGGUCUUGGGUGAAACCCGUCGAGUUCAACACCGUCACCAGAUACGAACCUUUCAGCCUAACGGUGCCCCCCGUGAUUGUCGCUUACAGAUAUCAGUGAGUCCUUUCUUAUACAUAUACAAUCUAGGUAAUAAUAUCGUCCAAGUAGAAAUGUAUAAACGAGAGAAGAUUGAAGGAGAUUUGAUUGAGUUUUAUGGGAGGAGCUAUUUUUGUGAUGAACAGUAAAAAAACAUUUGUAUUAUACCUAUAUAUUCAUUCGUUAUCACACAUAAAACCGUAAUAAGCCAUAUAAAUUCUAAUUCUAAUUUCGGAGUCAAUAUUAUUUUUGGCUAGAAUAAUAAUUUAUUUAUUUCUUAAUAAUUCUAGUGGUUGAUCCGGAGGUAAGGCCCCCAGCUCCCCAAUGUCUGUUUAUGCAGAAGACGAAGAUGUCAUUGUGUUAGUAAUAUUUUUACCCUUAGUGUUUUAUUCACCGGAUCGUUGACAGAAAAAUUUGGCGGAAAUACUGUAGUGUUGCGUAUACCCGGUCGUCGAGACUCAAAAGUGUCGAUAAUGAUAAUGAUAAGAACGAAUAAUUGUAUAAUAAAUGAUAUAUUAUAUUAUUUGUACAUUUUAACACUUCAUAGACACUCGAUGUUGUUUUUUUUUUACUCGUCUAAUUGAGAUAAACGAUGAUGCGAUUGGUUAAUGGCUUAUAUUUAACCAAUUUAUAAGACUACUGCGAAGGCGGGGGGCGCCAGAGCAUAUAAAACGGGUUUCUAGGGAAAUCCUCUUCGAAUGUAAUACGAAAAAAAAAUAAACACAACAAUAACAUUAUCUGAUCAGUGUCGUAUGAUAACGGAACAAAAAUCGGUUUCAGAUGGACUAUAGCUUGGGCUCCGUAUCAUCCGCAAUUGGAAAAGGUCAUGAACGACUCGUUUUUGCUCACGCCGAAUGUCAAAAGUACGUCUCGGGUCGAAUGUAGCAAUAUAUCAUUAAGUUUUUUUUUUUUUUUUAAUAUUUCGGUGGUCAUUAUUUUCGUUACGUAUAGUUGAAUCUUUCGAAAACGCCGAGACGAUGGAACAACAGCUGAUCCGAGAAAAAGCCAUGAACACUUAUCUGGUAGGUAUCCAUUUCAGUGGACACAUACCGUCUUCUAACGGGACAUUACCGAAAAAAACGAUUGUGAGUAUAUAUGAUGAUAAACGAUGACUGAAACCGUUUUCUGGUGCGCGAUAUCGGAAUAACGCGGUUUUAUUAUGCAGGUACGACUUAGGUAUCCGUGCAAUCUGAGAGUGACGAAAAAGAGUAUGAUGAGCUUCGACACAGUCCAAGCGAACUGGCGAACAUACUUAAAAUUUCCGCUCUACCAAACGUUCGGUCCGCGACAAAAGGACGAAAAUGACGGCGGUGAACCCGGUAAGUUUUGACGAUUAUUAUGAUAUCGAAAUAUGUUACAUUAGUAAAAUAGGUUUUAUAUUCUAGGUUAUCAGUCAGAAUCGUUUUUGUACGUGCAAAACCAGAUAUCCAAAAGUCUGAUACGGUACUGGGCACCCGGCGAGUAUGUUCCGGAAAUCGAUAUGCAACGAUUCCCGUAUCCCAAGUACGUAGACGACGCGCUAUUGCCAGCGAUCACAUCGUUUGUGUCCACGGUUAUAUUGCUCAGUUAUAUCUACACAGCUAUCAACACUAUCAAAGUGAUUUCGGCGGAAAAAGAAAUGAAAAUGAAGGUAGGUAUCGAAUAAAUAAUUUGUAGAAAAUUUUAGGGAAAAAAAAAGUUACUGAAAAUAUCCUUUAGUAGUAUACAUUUAUCAAUCCAUCUUCUCAUCCUCCUCUACUUCCUCCCUGAUUACCACAACCAAGCAAAUUUCUAUGAACCAACAAUGUUCACCACGAGGAGGUCUUGGCCCAGUUUGGCGUAGCUCGAUAACCUCUAUGAGAAGGAAGGGGUAGUGACGUACCAUAAAUGGCAUUUUAAACAACGUAUUGUAAACAAAGUGUAGUUUCUACAACUUUUUUCGAUUUUUUGAAAAUUUGUAUUCUUGAAAUAAUUAUUUAUAUAAUUUUAAAAAACUGUUUUGCCAACGAAUUUUUUCCAGGAGGCCAUGAUGCUCAUGGGUUUGGAUAAUUGGUUGCACGCCAGCGCGUGGUACUUGAAGAGCUUGAUUGUGUGGGCAGUGCCGAUGCUGAUUUUGGUGUUUUUUAUCACGUAUAAAUGGCCGACAGGUGCCGUUUUCCAGUAUUCCGAUCCGACAGUGUUGAUGGUUAUAAUGGGGUUGUAUGUGUCGGCCAGCAUAUCUUAUUGCUUUCUGAUAUCAGCGUGUUUCAAAAAAGGUAAAAAAAUGACAUACCUACAUUCGAAAAUAAAGAACGGAAAAAUAAAUGACCGAUAACAUUUAUAAUAAUAAUAUAAAUACUUAAAGGAAAAUUUUUUCCGAAUACGAAAAAUUUGGACUACUAUAACAGUACGUUUAUUGACUCCAGUUUAUUGUUUUACAUGUAAGAAAAAACGAAUUACUUCUAACUGUAGAAAGUAAACGCAACAGAAAAUACAUUGUGUAUUAAUUAAUAAAGUUUGAAAAUACAAACAUUUCGAUAGGCAUAAAGUGAGGAUUGCAAAAUUUUAGUAUUUUCUGUUAUUUUAUCGCUAGGUACUCGUUAUAUUAUUUUAUCUGAACUAUUAUUUUUUAUUUGUUAAUUGUCGAUGAUAUUAAAUUAUUUUAACUAAACUUAAAUAUUUAUCGAAAUAUUUUUUAAACAAUUCAUUCUCUAUCACAUUAUAUUCAUAGUGUUUUUCGUAAUCACGUGGUUUAAUGUAAAUUUUCAGCUAACACGGCGGCUACCGUAGGAGGUGUACUGUGGUUCGGUACCUACGCGCCGUUUAUGAUCUUUCAGCCAAAAUACUCUUCCAUGACAAACAGACAGAUUUUAGCGUCAACCGUAUUCCCGAACACUGCCUUGGGAUACAUAUUCCAAAGUCUUAUCAUGUUCGAGGGCAUCGGCUCUGGACUGACGUGGGAAAACACCUCGGUGACAGUGUCGCCCGAUGAUAAAAUGUGCAUCGCUGACAUCAUGAAAAUGUUGGUGUUUGACACGUUCCUGUACGGGCUGAUCGCCGUCUAUUUGGAAACGGCUUUCCCAAAGAACAGUGGAUACCAUCCCGUUUGGUAUUUCCCAAUAUUGGUAAGGCGAUCGAUAUAAUAUUAAACACGUAGAUACCUUUAUAUUAUGAAUUGUACCUAUUCCGUUAUUGUUACAGCGGUCUUUUUGGUUUGGGGAGAAAAUCGGUCCGAAAUACGGCAACGAAAAAUCCGGAAUCCAAAUUCAGUCUCUCAGCAAGAGUUUCACGCCCGGAAAAUACGUUGUCAAUAAACUCUCGGUAGACAUGCAACCGAAUCAGAUAACCGUGUUGCUAGGUCACAACGGGGCUGGUAAGUCCACUACCAUGUCCAUGUUGACUGGUCUCGUGAGUCCCACGUCUGGCACGGCGUUGAUCCAAGGUUACGACAUCAGAACCCACAUGAAAACUAUCCGGAGUUCUCUGGGCUUGUGUCCCCAAUACAAUCUGCUCAUACCGGAUUUGACCGUAAAUGAGCAUUUGUACUUUUUCGGAAUGGUCAGUAUAUAUCAUUAUAAUACGUACCUAUUAACUGCAGUGUGUAGUAGGCCAUCGUUGAAAAAUCACGGAGUUAUUAAAUUGAAGACGUUUAUAAAUUAUAGUUGAAAGAUUUGAACAAAAAUGAUUUAAAACGCGAAAUUGAUAACUAUACAACAAAAUUUGAACUGGAGUCGAUGAUGGACACGAAAUCAAAACACCUUAGUGGCGGUAUGAAGAGAAAACUGUCGGUAGCCAUAGCUUUGAUCGGAAAAUCGAAAGUAUGAAUUUCAGAAUUCCAAGGUCGAUAAUUUUUGGUGAUUAUGAAAUAUUUCUAACAUGUUAUUUCAGGUGGUGCUAAUGGAUGAACCCACGGCGGGAAUGGACCCGGCUGCUAGACGUACCCUGUGGAAUAUUUUGCAAUCAGAACGUCAAGGACGGACAAUGGUAAUGACUACGCAUUUGAUGGAUGAAGCGGAUCUGUUGGGCGACCGUGUGGCUAUAAUGAAAGCCGGAACUCUAUGUUGUGUCGGAACGCCAUUUUCACUAAAAAAAGAAUACGGUAAUCAUUUGAUUGUGAUUGUGAUUUAUUAAAUAACCUAUGUUACGAUUAUUUGUUUUUAAUUUUUAGGUGGUGGAUACACUCUGACUCUUGUAAAAGACGUGAUUGGAUUCAGUUUGGGCAAAGUAACGAAUUUCAUUAGGAAAUAUUAUCCAAAUUUGUUGCCCAACAAAAUAACUAUAGUCGAGGUUGCGUAUCAGAUAGGGGACUCAUCGUUGUUUCCGGAUUUGCUCAAUGCGUUAGAGCAAAACAGACAGGUGUUAGGAAUCAAAGAAUACGGUAUAACGUUGACUACUUUACAGGACGUGUUCAUGAGGUGAUAAUAUUCUAAAGUGACAAUGUAAUGCACUUAAUUUACCUUUAAAAUAUCUACAACGUUUUUAGAGUUGGUCAAGAGGAUAAGAAGAAAUUAUCGGAUUUCCAGACGAACGCGAUUAAACAAAAAAUGUUUGAUUUCAAAAAUGGCUUUGGUAGUCCUUUGUACGACGUGGAUGAUGACACGACCCGCUUAAAACUGGAAAGUAAGGGUGGAUAAGUUAAAUAUUAUUGCUAUUUGUACUAAUAUAUUCCAUCGUCUAUAUAAUGACCAAUAAUUGUUUUUAUAUGUAGGAGCUAAAGGAUUUGCGUUGUUAAAGAUUCAAGCUGGUGCGAUUUUGAAAAAAAAAUAUCUGCAAUCUUACCGUUCGUUAAUCAUGCAUUCCCUUCAAAUAGUGUUGACGCUUUUUUUCAUAUUACUAGCGAUACUCGUAGUUAACUCUUGGCAGGGUAUGAAAGAUUUACCACCUCUAGUCGCCACAUUAAAAGUAAUUCAAAUAUGUAAUAAUAUAUGAAUGUCACUCUCGUUUAUAUGGAGGUAAUUGUUUUAAGGAAAAUUUAUAUUUUAGAAUUAUUGGGAGCCUGUAAGUACUGUUAUGCUAUCUACAAACGACACCAAGAUCGGUAAAUUUUAUGAAUCAUACAAAAACUCUUGCGCUCCUAACCCGGUAGAGGAUUUAAGCUACCACAGUAAUCGUAGUUAUUUUGAAGACUUUCUUCUGUGUACUGUGAGUAAUAAGCUUAAAAUCAUUUGGGCCAUAUUAAAAAGUUAUUUUUUCAUUUAUUUUAUUAAAAUGGUUUUUUUUACAGGCCGUGGAAAAAAUAUCACCGUUUACACAAAAGUACAUAGUAGGCGCGAUUUUUGGUGAAGGCAGAAUCACGGCGUUUUUCAACAACCAACCGUACCACGGAUCGAUGGUGGCUUUGAGUAUGGCCAACAAUGCGGUCCUUAAAAGUUACAAAGGCCAAGAUUAUGGAAUAAAGGUGGUGAAUUUCCCGUUACCCUACCAAGGAGAGGAUAAGGUUAGUGGUGAUUAUUGCGUAUAAAUCAACUUUAUCGGCACCCUCUCUCGUUUUUCUCCCAGCUAAUCAAACUGACCGGUGGUAGUAAUCUGGGUUAUCAAGUGGCGUUCAACUGCGCCAUUUCGCAGGCAUUUGUGUGUGCCAUGUAUGUGUUAUUCGCGGUUAAGGAACGGCACAGCGGUGCCAAACACAUGCAACAGAUCGCCGGCGUAAAACCUAUAGCCUAUUGGGGUGCCUCGCUGAUUUGGGACUGGAUCAGUUAUACAUGGGUUAUUAUAUCCAUUUUAGCGAUAGUCUACUGGCACGGAGACCCGGGAUACUCGGACUGGAAACAAAUGAGUGAGUUAUGGAUAGAAAUAGGAAAACAAUGAUUUAAGUAUUUUAGUUUCUUUUAAUUAUUUACAAUUCCUAUCGUGACUAAAAACCAAUUUUGUUUUAUAAUUAUUCAGAAUAAGUGUUAAGUAUUCAUAUUGCAUUUUCAGCUAUAAAUGUGAUUUUUUUUUUGUCUCUCACAGAACUUUUGAUAGCUCUAUUGUUUGAUUUCUCGUGGGCAACGUUGCCUUUGAUGAGUCUACUAUCGUUCCUGUUCAAAAAUCCGUCUACCGGCUUCACGAGAAUAUCUAUGUUUAGCGUAAUGACCGGUAAGUGGAAAACAAAAUAGACUGUACAUUAUAUAUAUAUAUUAAUAUUUAUUAUUGUUUCACCUUCCGCAGGUUCAAUGUGUUUCAUGGUGGUGCUUAUCUUGAACAUGCCACCUAUGUGUCUGACUGAUCAUUCGCGGAUGAUCGACAACUUGAUGAUAUAUUUCCCGCAUUACGCGUUGGCAAGUGGCAUAAAGAACAUAUACUCUUCUCAUGAUUAUAAUCAAAUGUGCGAUUUUAAAAAGCACCGUAAGUGACCACAGACAAAUGAUAAUGAUGGAAUAUUCAGACGUUUUUUUAUUUUUUUGUUUUAAUACGUGCUGUAGCUACUUGUUUGGGAUGGGACGGUAACAACAUGUCAUGGAAAAGCCCUGGAAUCGGAAGAAACUUGACGUAUCUGUUCUGGUUGGGAUUAGCGGCUGUUUUACUCUUGUUGUCCAGUGAAUAUCUGAAGUACUGGGGCAUGAAAAUGCAAGCAAUUUUUUCAAAAAUCUACGGUGACACGGGCAGUGUAACAGACUCCUACCAACACGAUAUGAACUGUUACGAAUCGGACGUCGUUCACGAGAAACAAAUAGUGAACAGCAAUGAUCCACAGAAUUACUGCCUGUAUCUCAAGUGAGAACAAAUUGAUUGGUAUAAAUUUUAUUUUGUUUUAACUCGUCUUGUUUUUUUCCAGUAACGUCUGGAAGAAAUACGGAAACAAGAUGGCCGUGAAAGGAUUGAAUCUCGCCCUAAAAUCCAACGAGUGUUUUGGUCUGUUGGGUUCGAACGGAGCUGGAAAAACGACCACGUUUAAAAUGCUAACGGGAGACAUCAAAAACACCUUGGGUGACAUUUAUGUGUGUGGCGUCAACGUUAACAACGACCGAGAAAAGGUAAGCGAUGGACGUUUAUUUGCUCGUGAGCCCGGACAAUUUUAAUUGCAUGAUAUGCAUUAUAUAUGUUUAGAUCCACGAAGUCGGUGGUUACUGUCCCCAGUUCGAUGGACUUAUCGAAGAGUUAACCGGCUACGAGACUUUGCAUUUCUUCUGCAAACUCAGAGGCAUGUCACACAAGGAAGCGUCCACAGUUCCGUUCCAAUUAGCUUCGAGAUUGGCGUUUACCACUCACAUGAAUUCGCAAGCAAAAAAUUACAGGUAAUGUGCCUACAUUAUAAUAGUAAUAAUAUGUUAUUAUGAAUUUUCGCGAUAUAAAAACACACGGAAGCAAAAUCAUCUUAUAAAUAACGUAUUGGUUCUCGGUACUAUUCGAAUUCGAUUAUUGUACUGUGUUCUCGCAUGUGUCGAAAUGAUUAGUACACGAAAUUGAUUGGCUGUCGCUAACUGAUUUAACGAUUAAUGCAUGGAAGUUUUGUAUACAUUUAACAAAAGUGACAUCAGAGAAAAGAACAUAACUUUAAGACUAGUUGGUCACUAUCUACACUAGUUGUUAUCGUAUUAAUAGUAGUUUCUCGGUUAAUAGAAUUGAAUAGACCGUAGUGUUUAUAUAGUGUUUUUAAUUAUUUUAAUAACCAACUUUACUCGAUGUGUUUGCGAAGUGGUGGAAAUAAGAGGAAACUCAGCACGGCCAUAGCUAUGAUCGGUGACCCGAGCGUACUGUUUUUGGAUGAACCAACUUCUGGCCUGGACCCAGCCGCCCGGAAACAUCUCUGGGAUACGGUGAGCGAGGAGAGGGAUCGUGGCAAAUGCGUUUUCAUCACAUCCCAUAGGUAACAUCCAUUACGCUUUGUUAAUUUAUCAUAAUGCUAUAGUAUUAAGUUUAAUAUGAUCAUUUACUUUUGGUCAACAGUCUCGAAGAAUGCGAAGCUCUGUGUACUCGUCUGGCCGUGAUGGUGGAUGGCAGCCUUUGUUGUAUAGGUUCUGUACAGCAUCUGAAGAACAAAUUUUCCGUCGGAUAUCAACUGCACAUAAAAUUCCAUCCAGACAAUUAUAGGAAAGCCAAAGAUUACGUGCUCAAAUCGUUUGUCGGUAAGCGUGGGGUCUUAUUCACUGAUAAUAAUAUAAUAUGUAGGUCCGACUCAUUUCCGAAACAUUUCUAUAAAAAUAUAUCCGUUUUCAGGCGCCAAUCUGCGCGAAGAAUUCGAAAUCACGGCGCUGUUCCAUGUUCCUAAAAAGUAUCCGUGUUCGUACGCUUUUGCUCGGAUGGAACAAGCCAAAAAAGAACUACUGAUCGACGACUACGCGGUUUCGCAAACUAGCCUAGAACAGGUACCUAUCUAUAAUUUAAUUAUAAUAUAAUUAUUAAUAUAUUAUUAUAUAAUUCAAUUUGAAUUAUAUAAUUAAUUUAUUAUUUGAAUUAUAUAAUUCAAACACACGUGAUUAUAUUAUUAUUGUAUUGUGUGCAAUGAAAAUAAUCGAGUUUUUUUUCGUAGGUGUUUUUGAGCUUUACCAAAUACCGCCAACAAGUGAUUUAAACCACACGACAUGUAUAUAAUACGUAAGUGUAAGAUUUGUAGCUACGUUGGUUGACAUCACGUGUUUCUGUACACUGUACAAAGAACCCAUCACCAAAACGUCCUACGAAACCUCGUACGGACAUUAAUUGCUACAAAAUCAAAUCUCGAUAGCUAAAACUGAAUCCCGUGCGGCGGAUAAAAAACGAGAAGAAACUAAACUUCGUUUUGUAGCAUAUAAUGUAUUAUUUUUUGUACAUAUUCGAAUAUCGUUUAUUAUUCGUUGUAAAAUUAUCUCGUGUAAAAUAUUUUACCUGUAUAAAUUUCAGUUACGAAGAGCAGCAUGUAACAGUUUCAGUGUUUUUUUUUGGUACCGUGCCCAAUACGUUGUUUUUGUCCAUGUUAUUGCUAAAUAUUCGCCAGAACUAUUCAUUAUUUUCUCUCUUUUUUUUUAUAUGGUUAUUUAUAAUAAAAAUAAAUUAUUCAUGUAAUUUCAAGUAUAUAUAAUAUUAUUAUAUAAGCCUAUGUAUCUUGUUAAGUGUGUUAAGCGU